ACUCCACCCCACCCCACCCCACCCCACAAAAACCUCUGCAACUUGUAACCAGGUAUAUGUUUUCUGCCACCUAAAACUUCUCUUUUAGUGUCUCUCCUUUCUCCUCCCUCGACAAUGUCCGAAAGGUAUUCUCAAUCUUGGCUUCCCCCUUUGUAUAAUUAUUGAUCUUCACUUGUUAUGAACACCACAAACAAUGAUCCAUUCAAAAAAAUUCAUUCUGUAUAGCUUUUUAUGUUCCCUUCAUCUCCAAUUUGUGAUUUGUUCUUCAAAUACUCGUCAUGUCGACAGUUUCUUGAUUAGUUGUGGGGAAGCUAAACCAGUUGAACUGGAAGACGGUAGGGUUUUUGAAUCUGAUUUAGGGAAUAAUACCCAUGUCAAUAUUUCACCAAUUUCUCACACCAUUGUUUCUAAUUCCGAUAUGGGUGUCCCCAAAAUCCUGUCUUCUGCUAGGGUUUUCACUAGCAGUUCAAUCUACACAUUUAAUACCCAGAAAAUUGGUAGGCAUUGGCUAAGAUUGCACUUCUACCCUGUCGAGAACACCGAGUUUGACCUAAAUUCCGCUGUUUUUUCUGUGGAAGCAAAUGGGAUCACAUUGAUUCAUGAAUUUUCAUUCUUUAGAGGAAAUCACAGUUUCCCUCUUUUUAAAGAAUAUCUUAUUCAAAUUACUAGCUCAAAUUCAGGAAAAUUAGUUCUGGGAUUGUUGCCUUGGGAUAACUCCAUUGCUUUCAUCAACGGAAUCGAGAUCCUUUCUGUUCCCAAUAAGCAAUUUAGCUCGAAAGUGAUUCCGAUUCCAUUAGCGUUUGCUCAGGAGCUCCCAACUCAUGUCGGUUUUGAGACAAUUUAUAGGCUUAACAUGGGUGGUCCCAGUUUGUCACCCAAGAACGAUUCUUUAUGGAGGAAAUGGGAAUCAGAUACACCUUUUCUCAUCAAUCCAGCCGCUGUUCGUAACGUUUCCAUAAACCCUAGUUUGAUUCAAUACCACAAUGGGGUUUCACACGAAAUCGCUCCAAAUUUUGUUUACGCCACUGCUCAAGAAAUGGCGGAUGCCAGAGUUAAUAACCAGAGGUUCAAUAUCUCAUGGCUAUUUCAAGUCGAAGAAGGGUUUGGUUACUUCAUAAGGUUUCAUUUUUGUGAUAUCGUCGGGUCAAAAUUACACGAUUUGGUGUUCAAUGUUUACAUAAACAAUCAAUCCGCCAUUGAAUCUUUUGAUGUUUCACGUCAAGCAAAAGGUCUAUCUUCUGCAUAUUUCAUUGAUUUUUUCACCAAUUUGUCAAUCGGAUCCGAUAAGAUCUUAGUUCAAAUCGGUCCUUCUCAUUUAGAAGGCUAUCUACCAACUGCCCUUUUGAACGGAUUAGAGAUCAUGAAAAUGAGCAAUCCGAGUGAUAGUCUUGAUGGAAGACUCGCUGAUUAUCUUGAAUCAAACGACAUUGACAAAAGCAAGAAAACGCGGAUGACGAUUGUGAUCUAUUCAUGCUUAGGUGGCGGUUUUCUUCUCCUUCUACUUGUAUUAACAUCAUUCGUGUUUCUCUUAUGUAUUCGCCACAAAAAGAAGCUGAAAAAGAAGGAUUCAGUAACAUGGUCGCCUCUACCAACAUACGUUGGCAAUUCAGGAACAAAAUUCUCAUCAAACACCUUCGGUUCCACCACAGCUUCACAUAGUUUAGGUCAAAUGAUAUCAUUCUCAGAAGUCCGAGAAGCCACAAAGAAUUUUGAUAAGAAGUUGCUGUUAGGAUCCGGUGGAUUUGGGAAAGUCUACAAAGGGGUUCUUGAAAACGGGUUGGUGGUUGCGGUCAAACGGGGCAACCCGCGGUCUCAACAAGGUUUAAUCGAAUUCAAGACCGAAAUCGAGAUGCUAUCGAAGCUUCGACACCGACAUUUGGUGUCCUUAAUCGGAUACUGUGAAGAACUGAAUGAAAUGAUUCUUGUUUACGAGUUUAUGGCGGGUGGGCCCCUUAGAAGACAUUUAUACGGGUCAAACCUCCCUCCUUUGACUUGGAAACAACGGGUUGAAAUAUGCGUUGGUGCUGCAAAAGGGUUGCAUUAUCUUCAUACGGGUGUAGCGGAAACGAUCAUACACCGGGAUGUGAAAACAACCAACAUUUUGUUGGAUGAGAAUCUUGAAGCUAAAGUUGCUGAUUUUGGAUUGUCUAAAUUUGGUCCGAGUUUGAAUCAAACGCAUGUUAGUACAGCUGUGAAGGGUAGUUUCGGGUAUUUGGAUCCGGAAUAUUUUCGGAGGCAACAAUUAACGGAAAAAUCGGAUGUUUAUUCGUUUGGGGUGGUGAUGUUGGAGGUUUUAUGUGCAAGGCCAGCUAUAAACCCUACUUUACCAAGAGAGCAAGUGAACAUAGCAGAAUGGGGUAUGAACUGGCAAAAGAGAGGUGAAUUGGAGAAGAUUAUGGAUGAAAAUUUAAUGGGUAGUGUGAAUCUUGAAUCUUUAAGGAAGUUUGGUGAAACUGCUCAGAAAUGUUUGAGUGAAAAUGGGAAUGAAAGGCCAUCAAUGGGGGAUGUGUUGUGGAAUUUGGAGUAUGCUCUUCAGUUGCAGGAGGUUUGUAAUGAAAGUGGUGGUGGCGAUGGAAUUUCCGACAUUCCGGAUCGUAUUCCCGAUGUUGAAAGAGUUGAGGAAAUCGAUGUCAGUGAUCUGGAAUCGAAUGGCACCAUGAGGGAUUAAGCUUUUGGUUUGAACUUUGAAGUGAAGGUGAUGAUGGUGUAAGUAUUAUAGGCUUGAUUGGUUAUUAUGUGUUAUAUAACGGUUUUGUAUGUUGAGUUGUUAUUCAUAUAUAGUUAAAACGUUGUUAUUCAUAUAUAGUUAAAACUCAUAAAUUCUUUUCUUUUGUGAGUCGAAUAUAGAUAUAUUACUUUAAUUCAA